AUGACGAGAGCGUGGAAUCUCUACAAAGCUGCAUGGCUCUAUCCAUUCCGGGGCCUUUAUUAUUUCGUCUCACAUCGCUUCCUGUGGCCUCUUUUCAAGACCCGGUUGAUACCCAUCGUCUUGUUGUCAACCUUCAUCUACUUCCUGCUCUUCUUCUUCACCUACUUGCCGCAGGUGGCGUUCCUCGCCAUCUUUCAAGGCAAAGGAGCGUGGGUCAACGGAGCCUUCCUGGUGCUGGGAGAAGGCGCUGUCAUAGUGGCCUUGCUAUUUGAAGCAUUCUUCGUGGAUGAAACGCUAGUGGACAUCUUCGAUGCCGUACUGGUGAACGAGGGUCAAGGGGAGUUGGUCACCACGUCACGAGUGUUAUAUCCUCAAGGCGAUAAUGUGGUGCAGCGGUUGGGCAAACCCACCCAGAGCGCCGUCUACGCUCCGUUCUCGCUGCGACAGAUAAUAGAAUUCAUCGUCCUCCUACCGCUGAACUUUAUUCCGGUGGCGGGCACGCCCAUGUUCCUCGUGCUCACCGGAUAUCGAGCGGGCCCGUUCCAUCACUGGCGAUAUUUUCAGCUACUGGACCUAUCAAAACCACAGAGGAAGGAUCGGAUUUCCCGACAACAGCUGCAGUACACCUCAUUUGGAACGGUGGCUUUGCUGCUUCAGCUUGUUCCCAUUCUUUCCAUGUUUUUCCUAAUGUCGACUGCGGUUGGCUCAGCUCUUUGGGCUGUGGACAUCGAGAACAAACGUGGUCUCCUCGUGGAAUCCGGUCCGGACCCAUCCGUUCCUGUUCCGCUUCAUCCUGGUGGUACUGGCGUUUCAAAACGUCCCUCGGUCUACUGUGCGAGUCCCAUAAAAUGCGAAAAACCCAGCGCCACCUGCGAGACGGAUGAUAUACUACGUGCUCUAGGCGCUCUUGGAUGCGACCUAAAGCAUGGAAACGCUCGUCGCGAAGCCUCGAUGCCCAUGGACCCACGAACCAGGCUGCGCAAGGCCUGCGAUGCCUGCAGUAUUCGGAAAGUAAAGUGCGACACCAGCGGUCCGCCUUGUCGGUCGUGCGCAAGCUUGGAUAUCCCCUGCACUUAUGAGCGACCGAGUCGACGUCGCGGCCCUCCCAAUCGUCAUGCAGAGGCCUUCAAGAAGCAAAAGCUGGGCCCUUCUCCAGCUACCUCCCCAAGCCCCUCGGAUCAACCUUCGCCUGUCCGACCAGCAUCGACAGUGUCUGUCGGAAACAGCAGCCCCUCCGCAUUCUUUCCGUCAUCUGUAGAAUCAAUAUGCCCGUUUUCAACCGUGCAACUGUUGAUCGACGACUACUUUACGUACAUUCACCCUCUGAUCCCGAUCCCCCACGAGCCCACGUUUCGGGCGGCCCUUGACAGAAGAGAAGACCUUACCAAUCGUACGUUCUUGGCCCUCACAGCCUCUAUGAUCGGCACGCUUGUGGCCUCGUUCCCUCGUCGGCCCAAGCUGCACUUGAAAACGGAGGCCGAGAGGGCGGCGUUCCCUCACUCGAUGGCCAUGGUCAAGAAAUGUCGCGAUGUUGCCGUGCAAGCCCGAGGCAUGGGCUACCUUGAUCGAAGCGCCACCGUUUACGACGCGGCCAUCAGCUAUUUCUUGGGGAUCUGUUCGGGCUAUAUGUACAGCAUGCGUCGGUGCCGAACGUACCUAGCUGAAUGCUUAACCAUGUUACAUGUGUAUGACCUGUGUCGACCGUCCCGUCGAUUGUCCUCGUCUUGUGCAACCAGUCCCAAUUCUGUGCCAUCGCCACUAUCGCUUGAUCAGUUAGGUGCAACGGGAGAUGCCCCGGGCGAUCUGAUUGAACAGGAACUCAGCCGACGUCUGUUCUACACCACUCUAGUCGGAUACCGAACCCUGCAGCAAUUGGGCUCGACAGACACCACCUUUCACGUCCCCCCAGAAACCCCGACGGAUCGGUACCCCCCUCUCCCGCUCGAGGUGGACGAUGAAUACAUCUUUGCUACCCAUUUGGAACCCCAGCCUGCCCAUCGAGUCUCCCGCCUCGUGGGGUUCAACGCUAACGUUCGAGUGUACAACUCGUACAAUUCACUCUCGGCAUGGGAAAUUGCCUUCGGCAGCGGCCAGAUCUAUGACUGGGAACGACAACGUACGACCAUCUGGGAAUGCUUACAAAAAGCCAAGUCCGCUUUGGACGGGAUUCCCCAAGAACUGGCGCUCCACCGGACCCCGGAUUCCACCCCGUCGAGACGUAAAUCGACCCUGGGAACCUUCCCCUUGGCAGCAGACCCGAAUUUGGUUGAGCGCCAUUACAUUCAGUACGAAAUUCAGAAGGCCAACAUAUAUGCGAGUCAGCUCGGAACGCGGUCCUACUUGGUAGAAAAGUACUGGAGUCUCUACGGGGCCUGGCAGAGAUACCAAAUGCCGGCAGACCAACGACAACACUCCAAAAGCCCGUUGCCGAUAAAGGUGGAGGACGAGCGUCCCAAUCAUUACCGGGCACCUAGCUCAGAUGCCCAAUUGGACGGUCUCGGAAAGAUCAUGGCGGAAGAACGCCGGCUCGUGAUCCGCGAUCUUUCCGUGCUGUUGCGAUCCGUCAAUGAGGUCAACAUGGAGCCCAACGGCGCCAGUUUUUCGAGCAAAGUUCGCCAAGUUGCGUCAACUCUUCUAAAUCUUCCCAAUCCAAGGACGGAUACAUCAACCCCCUCCACCACCGUAGCCGCCGGUCCACAACCUCUCACCCUCGCCGAAACCGAAUCCUACCUCCACGCUUUCAUCGACACUCUUGUCCGACUAGAAGGCUUAGCCGCUCCAACACCCGGCGUCACUAGCGCCAGUCCCCCCGCUAAGGGCCGCUCAAUGAGCUACCUGAGCGACCAUGAACGCGACGAAGAGGAACUGCGCCAAUGGGCCAGCCUCAAAGAAUACCAAGUCAAAUUCGCCGAAGGGGGUGGUAUGUUCACUGAAUUAUGA